AGGGAGAGAGAGAGAGAAGCGGAUCGUUAAUGGAGAAAAAAUGGCUGAGCCAGAUUCUGUAAACGAAGCCAAGGAGAAGAAGAAGAAGCUAUGGAAAGCUGUUUUCGCUAUCUCUGGGAUCAUGAUUACUCUCGUCAUCUACGGUCUUCUUCAGGAGAAGAUCAUGAGAGUGCCUUAUGGAUUGAAAAAAGAGUACUUUACGCACUCUUUGUUUCUUGUUUUCUGUAAUCGUCUUACUACAUCAGCUGUUUCUGCUGCUGCUUUACUGGGAAGCAAGAAAGUUUUGGAUCCUGUAGCUCCGGUUUAUAAGUAUUGUCUCAUAUCAGUAACUAACAUCUUAACCACAACAUGCCAAUAUGAGGCCCUCAAGUAUGUGAGUUUCCCAGUCCAAACUUUGGCUAAAUGUGCCAAAAUGAUACCUGUAAUGGUUUGGGGAACUCUCAUCAUGCAGAAAAAGUAUAGGGGAUUUGAUUAUUUAGUGGCGUUUCUCGUGACUCUUGGCUGCUCUGUGUUUAUUCUUUUUCCGGCGGGAGAUGAUAUUAGUCCGUACAACAAGGGAAGAGAAAACACUGUCUGGGGUGUAUCCCUUAUGGUUGGUUAUCUUGGGUUUGAUGGUUUUACAAGCACAUUCCAAGACAAACUCUUUAAAGGUUAUAAUAUGGAAAUACAUAACCAGAUAUUCUACACAACAAUUUGUUCCUCUAUUCUUAGUUUUACUGGCCUUAUAUUGCAAGGACAUUUACUCCCAGCAGUAGACUUUGUUUCUCGACAUAGGGAUUGUCUUUUUGACAUCGCUUUGCUUUCCACUGUAGCAACAGCCAGCCAAUUUUUCAUUUCGUACACCAUUAGGACAUUUGGUGCUCUAACGUUUGCUGCCAUAAUGACAACAAGACAGCUUGUGAGCAUUAUGCUCUCCUGCAUUUGGUUCUCACACCCGCUUAGCUGGGAGCAGUGUAUUGGAUCCGUAAUUGUUUUCGGAUCUCUAUAUGCUAAAACCUUAGUGAAGAAGAGAUCAGAAAAGCCGCAGGCAGCUCAAGAACUUCCACCGGAUGAAGAGGCUCAGCCUCUGAAGGGAAACCCUUAAAGCACAGAGAGAGCCUUAUCUUCUCUGAUGCUUAAACAGUUACCAGCCAAAUCUAAUGCUCUCUCUGACUUGGAGGCAUCUAACUAACAAAACUAAGCGGUUGAGACGUAGGACGGGUACUCAUAGAGCCUAAUGUUUGCAAAUGCAGUUUCUUGUUUCUUUCUUCUACCUUUUGUGCAGACAAGGAGACCAAUGAUCAAAUUCUUUACUGUUUAUUCUAGAGUUGUUCAAAUGGUUUUGUAAAAUUGUAAUGGAAUUUUGAUAUUGUAUCAAGAAAUAUCAUAAAUUUGUGAUACAAUGGCUGAUUCAUAUCAACUGAAUUUCCCACU